UUGACCUAAACAGAAACUAUUUUCCUCUCGUGAUCGUGCAGAAGCGAAGUUAAUCCAAACCAGAACCAAAAAUCGAAACAACAAUACACGAACAAACACUCUCCAAUCAAAUAAUCAUUGAAAGAUGCCCAAAAAGAUGGGAGUGAACAGCAAAGCCGAGGCAGCGCGGGCUCGCAAAGGCGCCACGGAAUUGGAACGGAAGGAGCGCGAAGUGAGAGAGAAGGAAGACCAGUACUGGCGUGAAGCCGAGGGAGGAAAGUCUCGCGCAGCCAAGAAACGCGAGGAAGAGGCCGAGAAGCGAGCUGAAGCUGCUGCGCGGAAAGCCGAGGCAAAGCGUUUGGCCGAGCUGGAGGAGAAAGAGCUGGAGAAGUCCAUGAGAAAGCCGGAUAAGAAAGCUGAUAGGGUUUCAAUUCCGGUGCCAAAGGUGACGGAGGCGGAGUUGCGGAGACGGCGCGAGGAGGAACAGGUGCAGAUGGCGAAGAAUGCUGAGGAGGCGAACAAGAGGCAGGCAAGGACGGCGGUGGAAGAGGAGUAUGAACGGAUGGUUUUGGUGACGAAUACGAAUCGGGAUGACUCUGUUAUUGAGGCAAGGACUGUGGAAGAGGCCAUUGAGAAGAUGUCGGUGGCGGAUAACUUACCAAUCGACCGCCACCCUGAGCGGCGGCUAAAGGCCUUGUUUAAGGCUUUUGAAGAAGCUGAGCUCCCCAGGCUGAAGGAAGAGAAACCAGGUCUUACUCACACUCAAUACAAGGACUUGAUAUGGAAACUAUGGAAGAAAUCUCCAGACAAUCCUCUUAAUCAGGUUGCAGAGUAAGAAUCAUUGCAUCUUGAAACAAGCAGCAGGCCAUUUUCCUUGGGCACAUUAUUGAGGAAUGAUGUUAUAUCUUGUGCAGAGUGGAGUACUUACAGUUUAUACCUUAUAUGUGGUUAUUGUAUGUUUUGGUUAAGCUGAUUAAAACCAUAGUAUUAACUUUUUUUUUUUUUUUUUUGGUUUUGGUGUUCCUGCUUGUUACUGUUACAUCCAUGAGGUUUGGCAAGUAAAGCAAAAUUGAACUUGAGACUCCAUGAAUGUAUGUAUAUGCAGAGAAUUACAUUUGUGUUAUAUGUGAAUAUUAUCUUUCUUUGUUAUAAAAGAUUCCUGUUUUCACUGGUA